AUGGGCUCGCAAGCCGAUGGCGGCUCCGAGUCAAAUUCAGGAGGUUUGGAUACCGAUGAGUCGAGUCCAAAAGAAAGAACACCGAAUGGAGAGGCCGUCACAUCUUCCGAAGCAGCAAUGCGCCUAAACAUGAUCGAUACUGAGCUGAACGGCAUGAUUAAAGAAAUGAUGGACUCGGAAGACUUCGAAGAGGAAGACGAAAUGGAACCCGAAUCGCAUGAGGCAGUUAUGCGAGCAGCCAAGGAAAUCUGUUAUAAACGAAAGUACUACGAUGUUUCUGCCGACAAGAUUGUCUUCUUUCCAAGCGUGACCAAAACGAUUAUCAACAUGGAUCUGUUCGAGAAAGCAGAGGAGUACUACUUUGAGGAAGGUGACGAAUACCCAGCCGAAUAUUCGAUGGGUUUGAGAAAUGUUGCUUUUGAAAGACUGGAAGCAGAAGGGGGUGGUGACGGUGACGAAGAUGAGAUGGAUGAUGACAUGAUUUUCCGUUUGUCUUUGGCUGUGCAGCUGACGGAAAAUGACAAGGACGAGCUUCAGGAAGCGAUUGCCGCUGCCGAAGCAGCAGAUCAAGACCAGACAGACCAAGAAACUGACAAUGCUGCAAUGGAUUCCAUCAACGAGGCAGCAGACCAAGAAGAUUCAGAACGCGAUAUUGGCAAGAAGGAAGAUUCUAGAAUAGACCCGAUUGCUUCUGAAGCGGAAACUUCGUCUGCGAGUCCAAAAGAAAGCACAAACUCUGCUGUCGCCUCCAUUGGCGAGGGCGUGCCAGUUUCCGAAGCGGCAAUGCGCAAAAACAUGAUCGAUACCGAACUGAACGGCAUGAUUAAAGAAAUGAUGAACUCGGAAGACUUCGAAGAAGAAGACGAAAUGGAACCCGAAUCGUAUGAGGCAGUCACGCGAGCAGCCAAGGAACUGUGCUAUAAGCGAAAGUACUACGAUGUUUCUGCCGACAAGAUUGUCUUCUUUCCAAGCGUGACCAAAACGAUUAUCAACAUGGAUCUGUUCGAGAAAGCAGAGGAGUACUACCUUGAGGAAGGUGACGAAUACCCAGCCGAAUAUUCGAUGGGUUUGAGAAAUGUUGCUUUUGAAAGACUGGAAGCAGAAGGGGAUGGUGACGGUGACGAAGAUGAGAUGGAUGAUGACAUGAUUUUCCGUUUGUCUUUGGCUGUGCAGCUGACGGAAAAUGACAAGGACGAGCUUCAGGAAGCGAUUGCCGCUGCCGAAGCAGCAGAUCAAGAAGAGGCAGCACGAGACGCCGGCAAAAAGGAAGAAUCUGCAAUGGAUUCCAUCAACGAGGCAGCAGAUCACGACGAGCCAGAACAAGACAUCGACAAGGAAGAAGAUUCUACAAUUGAUCCGAUCAGCCCUCAAGCUGCAGCAUCUUUGGAACCACUCGCGAAUAACAAUGUUGAUGACGUCACGAUGACUAAUGAAGGAUUUGAAGUCGAGUCUGGCAAAAUGGACCAGGCACCAGACCAAACCGGCACGGCUCAAAUUACCAUGGUGCCAGAAAGCAUUUCCGAACAAACAGCAUACAAUGAAGCAGAAGAGAAAAAGCAGGAUUCAUCUACUGCUGUUGAAAUCGAGUUGGGCCCUGGUCUUGACCCCGAAAUAUCAGAGUCGUCGAUUAUGGAUGAUGAAAAUCCGUUCAGCCGUGAAGUUGAGGAUGCACUCUACUACAGCGACGACAGCGAGUCGCUAUCGGAUGCUUACUUUCAUCCCAGCCCAUUAGAUGGAAAGAUGUCAUAUGGUAGUAUUGAGCAACAUCGGUCUCCGUCAUACGAACCCAAUCAGCCUCCCAUUAUGGAGGAUUCCCCUGUGACACAGGCAUCAGCACUAUUGCCAUUGAUGUCAAGCUAUGGUACCAAUCAAACCGAAGGUUACAAGCGGAAGCGUCGUAAUCAAAGAUCGAAUCGACAUCAGCUCCAAGAAGAACGUGAACGAGAGGUUACAAGGAUACGUGGAGAAGUCCAAUCGCCGUCGACCUACCAGGGAUAUCCAUGGGCGAUCCUUUUUAUGAUUCAGCUAUUAUUUGUCUUUGCUUGCGCAGUGUAUUAUGGUGUGACUCUGUUGCAGCCAGCAAGCACUCAAAUGAAUCAAAGUCGACGACUUGCCAAGUUUGCUUUUGUCGAUAAUCUGAUGCUGGAAGCUGGCAACGAUGUCAAUGGGACUACGAUUUCGCAAGCAAUCAAGCACACGUCGAAUAAUGUUACCAGCACCGUCCUCCAUUCCCAAGACAUGAAAAACCUACAAGACGACGACUUUAUUCUCUCGCAAUCAGCUUCAACGAAAAAGGUCAAGGUCAAGGAUGCUUCAACAACUCUACUCGAGGGUCAGACACAAGAAUCCCAGCUUUCCAAUUUAAGCAACCCCACUUCUGCGAAUCCCAAACUGUUUCGGAUCGAUUACCGCAAUGUGAUUAGCAUCUUUUCGGUUUCUGGAUUCUAUGCCUGUGUCAUAUCCUACCUGUCUUUUGGAGUUAUACUCAGCUUGGCACGGUCAGUGAUACCUGUGAUUCUCAUUUUCUCCGUGACAUUUGCAUUUUGUUGGAGCAUGUUUGGGUUGGCACUCUUUCCCGGCACCCCCUUCACAGCGUUUGGGUUCCUUGGAAUGUUUCUGGCACUGGGAUAUGCACUGGCUUCUUGGAAGCGGAUCCCCUUCUGUUCCAUCAACCUCAAGAUAGCAAUGUGUGCACUGCGAGACACGCGUGGAAUCUUGUUUGUUGGAAUCGGUUCCUUAGGCGUGGUCUUUGUAUGGCUUCUCAUUUGGGUGAUUGCUUUGAUUGGAAUCUUCAACACGAGCAAUGCCAAGGAAUGCCAACAGAAUAAGGUUGACUGUGUGACGCAUCUAGUGAUGGAAGAAGAUCGGUACUUUGAGCUUGCUAUUUUGGUCUUGAGCUUCUUUUGGACGUCCAUUGUCAUUAAGAAUGUUGUCAAAACGACCAUUGCUGGAGCAUGUGGUGCCUGGUGGUUUGGCCUUCACGAACAAUCACAUGGCUGGGCUUGCUUCAAUUCGAUCAUUUGGAGUCAACUUGCACAAUCCUGUUCCUAUUCCUUUGGCAGCAUUUGUUUUGGAUCCUUGGUGGAAGUUCCGGUUCAACUAUUGUCAGUGUUUGGCGGGAUCCUUUGCUCCUGUUCAGCCCGAUCGUCUGACCAAGGCGAUGUUGCACCAACGGGCCGGGACACUGAUACAAUCAAAAAGUUAAAUUCAGUCUUGCCAUGGGAACAAGAAAAUCGCACAAUGUCUGCGAGGAUUUCGCAUCAACUUCGUUGCUGCAACCGUUGGUGUUACACCUACAUUGGCAUGUUCUCGUAUACCUACAUGGAGGGUGGCGAAAAAGCGUACCAGCUGUUUUCUACAAGAGGUUGGAUGGUGAUUGCCGAAGACAACCUCAUUCUAAAUUCUCUCGCCAUGGCUUCCGUAGUCAUGGGAGUAUCAUGCGGUAUUUUGGCAGUGUUGGUGGAAGAAGUAGAUGGUUACACCUUCACCUCGUUACAUCAACCCAUUUGGACCUCCUUUUGGAUAGGAACUGUAACAGGCUUUACAUUUAGCAACAUACUGCUAUUGGGAGUUGUCGGUUCCGCAAUCAAUACCAUCCUGGUUUGCUUUGCUGCGGAACCGUUUGAAUUCGACAAGAAUCAUCCCCGAUUGAGUGCCGAAAUGCGACAAGUGUGGAGUGCAUUGGUAUGGGAAUCGCAACCUCUAGAGUCCACUUCCUCGUUACUGAAUCAAGUGGGAAAUGAAGAGACAGCACGGAUGGUGUAG